CCUCCGCCUCCUCCUCCUCCUGCCGCUCCGGGCCCGGCUCCGCUCGCCAUGGGAGAUGUGGUCUCCACGCACCUGGACGAGGGUCGCCGCCAGCACAUCGCGGAGAGGACGGGGAAGGUUCUGGGGGAGUUCUGCCGCUGCUACCGGGACCAGCUCGGGGUCGCGCUCUUCAACAGCGUCCGCUAUGAGAUCGAGGGCACGGGGGGACCCCAGGCACAGCUCCUGCACCGCAAGGUCCCUCUGGAGGACCAUGUCAUCUACUCAGGAAACCUCUUCCAGUACAUUGAGGAGAACAAGAAGUGGAGGAACCGCUUCUGUGUGGUGCCACACAACUAUGGCUUGGUCCUCUAUGAGAACAAACUGGCCUAUGAGAGGGACCUGGCACCCCGUGUGCUGAUCAACAGUGCUGGCUACAAGGUCCUCACCUCCGUGGAGCAGUACCUGGAGCUGGUGAACAGCAGCCUCCCUGGUGUGACACCCAAGUCGGGACAAUCCCCCAUCCUGAAGUGCCCCACGGAUUUCCCCCUCAUCCUCUGGCACCCCUAUGCCCGGCACUAUUACUUCUGUGUGAUGACAGGGAAGGAGCAGGAGAAGUGGAGGGCAGUGUUCCAGGACUGCGUGCGGCACUGCAACAACGGGAUCUCUGAGGACUCCAAAGUGGAGGCUCCAGCCUUCACGGAUGCCAUCCGCAUGUACCGCCAGUCCAAGGAGCAGUAUGGCACCUGGGACAUGCUGUGUGGCACCGAAACACAGGUCCUGAGCAACCUGGUGAUGGAGGAGCUGCUCCCCGAGCUGCGCAGCAACAUCGGCCCCCGGCUGAAGGGCAAAGCUCAGGAGCGACAGAGGACCUGGAUCCAGAUCUCAGAUGCUGUCUACAGGAUGGUCUAUGAGCAGACCAAGGCCCAGUAUGAUGCAGCAAUGGCCAAGUGUGAGGAGGAGAGGGCCCAGAUGGAGAGCACCAUCCGCACAGACAUGGACCAGAUCAUCACCUCCAAGGAGCACUUGGCCAGCAAGAUCCGAGCCUUUGUCCUUCCAAAAGCAGAGAUCUGUGUCCGUAACCAUGUCCAGCCCUACAUCCCCUCCAUCCUGGAGGCCCUGAUGACCCCCACAAGCCAGGGCUUUGCUGAGGUGCGGGAGGUGUUCUUCAAGGAGGUGACAGACAUGAACAUGAACGUCAUCAAUGAAGGUGGCCUGGAGAAGCUGUCAGAGUACAUGGAGAAGCUGUCCCACCUGGCCUUCCACCCCGUCAAGAUGCAGUCAUGCUAUGAAAAGAUGGAUCACCUGAAACUGGAGGGGCUUCAGCAGCGUUUUGAUGUCUCCAGCACAUCUGUCUUCAAGCAGAGGGCCCAGAUCCACAUGAGACAGCAAAUGGAUGAUGCUGUGUACACCUUUGAGACACUGCUGCACCAGGAGCUGGGCAAGCUGCAGGGCAAGGAGGAUUUGUGCAAAUCCAUCCAGCGCAUCCUCGAGAGGGUGCUCAAGAAAUACGACUAUGACAGCAGCACUGUGAGGAAGAAGUUCUUCAGAGAGGCCCUGCUGCAGAUCACCAUCCCCUUCCUGCUGAAGAAGCUGGCACCAACCUGCAAGGGGGAAUUAGCCAAGUUCCAGGAGCUGAUCUUUGAGGACUUUGCCAACUUCAUCCUGGUGGAGAACACGUAUGAGGAGGUUGUGCUGCAGUCAGUGAUGAAAGACAUCAUGCAGGCUGUGAAGGAGGCAGCGGUGCAGAGGAAGCACAACCUGUACCGGGACAGCAUGGUGCUGCACAACAGCGAUCCCAACCUCCACCUCCUGGGUGAGGGCAUCCCCAUCGACUGGGGCGAGGAGCAGAGCGGGGGGGCCCAGCCACAGCCACAGCCACAGCCCCCCCCCGACAAGCGCCGUCGGGCUAAGCAAGUGGUGUCGGUCAUCCAAGAUGAGGAGGGCGUCCUGCCCUAUGGGGGGGGUGGGCAGCGAGGGUGCUGCAGCCCCCGGCAGCCGGAGGAGGAGGAGGAGGAGCCCGGAGCACCACCCAGUUCCCCCGAUGGGGUGGAGGUGAUCCGGGAGGCACUGGCGAUGGAGAGCCUGGGGGAUGGUGCCGAGCAGCGGCUGAGCAACGGGACAGACGGGACGGACGGCAGGAAGGAGAGCGGGGACAUCCAGGAGGUGGCGGUGGCACCAGGGGGUGGCUCAGCUGAUGUGUCCCCCCCCCGAGGUGAGGGGACCGCACCAGCAUCGCUUGAGCCUGGAGCUGAAGUCCCAUCAGGGGCUGGGGGGCAAAGUCUUCCAUCAACAUCUCCUGUCCCUGGAGCCCAAAGGCCACCAGCGGCUGAAAAACAACGUCCUGCACCAGCACCCCCUGUCCCUGGAGCUCAGCACCCAUCAGGGGUUGAAGAACAAAGUCCUGCACCAGCAUCUCCUGUCCCUGGAGCUCAGCAGCCAUCAGGGGCUGGGGGACAACAUCCUGCACCAGCAUCUUCUGUCCCUGGAGCCCAAAGGCCACCAGGGGCUGAAAAACAACGUCCUGCACCAGCACCCCCUGUCCCUGGAGCACAGAGCCCAUCAGGGGUUGAAGAACAAAGUCCUGCACCAGCACCUUCUGUCCCUGGAGCUCAGGUCCUGCAACAGCCUGCACCAGCACCCUCAGUGCCACCAUCCCCCAUGCCACCAGCGCCCUCAGUGCCACCAUCCCCCCUGCCCAGAGCCUUUGUCCCAUCAGGGACCAGCGUGCAGCACCCCAUACCAACACCACCCACACCCGGAGCCAAUGCCCCCCCCGAGGCCAAGGUGCCCCACGCCACCCCAGCGUCACCUGCACCCGAUGUCCCCUCACCAUCCCCUGGGACCAGCUGCCUCCAGCCCAGUGACAAGGAGACGGGUGAGGAGGUGGCCCCCCCCGACAUGACAGAGAGCAGUGAGGGGGUGCAGACUGAGUUCUAGUCCCGGGCCCCCCAUUGCCAUGGACUGGCCCCCCUGUUGGGGUCGGGGGAAGAGGAUGGAGAGGGAGGGGAUGGGGAACACCCAGACCUGGCCGGGGAGGUCCCCGCUGCUGUGUGGGGCUGCCCACAGCCACCGAGUGGUCCUAUUGGGUCAGUGUGGGGGAGGCCCCCAGCCCAGGGCACCCCCCCAGCCCAGGGCAGCCCCUGCACUCUGUUCUGUCCUUCUUCUGCCUUAUUUUCUUCUUUUCUACUGAAGAGAUGCUUUAGCUGGCCCCCCCACUUCCCCACCCAGCACAAAUGUCAGGGGCUGUCCUGGGGGGGUCACCCCCUGCCCCAAUCCUGGGGGGGUCUCCUGGGAACCUGCCCAGCACCAGCACCACCCAGGGGUGCUGGGAGCAGCUGGGGGGAGGAUGGAAAAUGUGAUGGGGGGCAGGGGCACGGUGACACUGGGUGGCUUCGGGUGCUGCCGGGGGGGAGGGAGAGCUGGGGCAGGCUGGGGCCAUGGCACCAGAGGGGGGCUCACAGCAGCCAGGGGGGGCUCACAGCACCAAUUGCCCACCCCCAGCCACCCUCACCCUGGGGUCUUCUAGCAGGGAUUUGAGAAUGAAAACUUAGCAGGGAAGGUGGCACUGCCACCAUGUCCCAGCUUUGCCUGUCCAGCACAGGGUUCUCAGCUCAUGACCCCCUGGAGCUCCCCAGCACCCUGCCUGGAUGGUUCCUAUGGUUCUGGGGCUUGGCAGGAUUUUGGCUCCAGGGUUACCUGGUGCCCUAGCAGCAGUUUGGGGCAGCCCUGCCUACCCUGGGGAGGGGGCUGUGCCAGGCCCCCCACCCUGCAGAGAUGGGCUGGCAGCACCCAGGGGUGCAGCAGAGCAGAGCCCAGCACCCCCACCCUCGCCUCUACUUUAGGUGCCACUGUUUCUGCCUCUAAAGGGGGGUGCCCAGCCUAACCCACUUGGGGAGAAUCUCUCUCCCUCCCCUCCCCCCCAGAGUGCCUUGCUUUGGGAUCUUAAAAACCUGUCUCUUCCAGGAUAUUUUAUUAUA